AGCUAGUUAAUGUUUCACCUGCGUGCUGUGACGUCACUGGACCUCCAGGAAAAAGAUACCGUGGAUUCCGUGAUCACCCCCAGGCUGAAACGUUUCUGUCAUUUUACGACAAAACUGAGACGAAGUCUCGAGUUGAGCUUUAAGCUGAGUUUCGGUGCUUCGUGAAGGAUCACGCUGUUGUCCUCAGGGUUCACACACGAUGUCUGCCUCCGCUGUCUUUGUGCUGGAUCUGAAGGGGAAGGUGCUGAUUUGUCGGAACUACAAAGGCGAUGUGGGCAUGUCAGAGGUUGACCACUUCAUGCCUUUACUCAUGCAGCAUGAAGAGGAAGGACUUCUCUGUCCUGUAAUUUCACACGGCAACAUUCAUUUCAUGUGGAUCAAACAUAGCAACCUCUACCUUGUGGCUACCACAAACAAGAACUCCAAUGCCUCCCUGGUUUAUGCAUUUCUGUACAAACUAGUUGAGGUGUUCACAGAGUACUUCAAAGAGCUGGAAGAGGAGAGCAUUCAGGAUAAUUUUGUGGUUGUCUAUGAACUGCUGGAUGAACUUAUGGACUUUGGAUUCCCUCAGACUACAGACAGCAAGAUCCUACAAGAGUACAUUACUCAGGAAGGUGCCAAGCUUGAGGUGGCGAAGAGCAAGGUCCCAACAACGGUGACGAAUGCUGUGUCCUGGAGGUCAGAGGGUAUCAGAUAUAAAAAGAAUGAGGUCUUCAUUGAUGUCAUUGAGUCCAUCAAUGUACUGGUAAAUGCUAAUGGCAGUGUGAUGAGCAGUGACAUCGUGGGCAGCAUCAAGCUGAAGACCAUGCUGUCAGGGAUGCCCGAACUGCGCCUGGGCCUCAAUGAUCGAGUGCUCUUUGCCCUCUCUGGACGUGACAAAGGAAAGACGGUGAUGAUGGAGGAUGUGAAGUUCCAUCAGUGUGUCCGUCUCUCACGUUUUGAGAACGAUCGAACAAUCUCCUUCAUUCCUCCAGAUGGGGAGUCUGAACUUAUGUCCUACCGCAUCAAUACUCAUGUGAAGCCUUUGAUAUGGAUUGAAUCGGUCAUAGAGAAAUUCUCCCACAGUCGAGUGGAAAUUAUGGUUAAGGCAAAGGGACAGUUUAAAAAACAGUCUGUGGCAAAUAACGUAGAGGUGAGGGUCCCUGUCCCCAGCGAUGCUGACUCACCAAAGUUCAAAACCAGCACGGGAAAUGCCAAAUAUGUGCCUGAGAAGAACAUGGUGGUGUGGACCAUCAAGUCUUUUCCUGGAGGGAAAGAGUUUCUCAUGAGAGCUCAUUUUGGUUUGCCCAGUGUGGAGAGUGACGAGAAGGAAAGCAAACCUCCUAUUACCGUCAAAUUUGAAAUCCCGUACUUCACAGUCUCAGGAAUACAGGUGCGGUAUAUGAAGAUCAUAGAAAAAAGUGGUUACCAGGCUUUACCGUGGGUCCGCUACAUAACACAAAGUGGAGAUUACCAGCUGAGGACCAAUGUGUAACCUGUGGAGAUACUUCACUACAUUUUCCUCACUUCCAGGACUUCCAGAGGAGCAUAAAUGAUGACUUUAACUGGACUAAAAGAAUGUCUUUAAAUUUUCACCUACUCUGUGUAAUGUUGAUCUUGUUUUAUGAAAUCUGUGUGCAGUUUGAUUUUGAGGUUUUUAUUGUGUGAG